AUGACGAAGCGCACUAAGAAGGUCGGCAUCACCGGUAAAUAUGGUACCAGAUACGGUGCCUCCCUGCGUAAGCAGGUGAAGAAGAUGGAAGUGUCCCAGCACGCCCGCUACGUCUGCACCUUCUGCGGAAAGAACACCGUCAAGCGCCAGGCUGUUGGCAUCUGGGAGUGCAAGGGUUGCAAGAAGACCAUCGCCGGUGGUGCCUACACCGUCUCUACCCCCGCCGCCGCUGCUACCCGCUCCACCAUCCGUCGUCUCAGGGAAAUCGCGGAGGUCUAA